UAAAGAUGUUACACCACAGCUUGUGAAUGAGGAGUUACAGAUUCAGCCCCAUUAUGGCUCUCACUGGAAAUUCCAGUCCAAAUAACAGGGAAUUUAAAGUCCCCAACCUGCCAACCAGCAGAGUGUGUGAUGGCAUUAUGACAACAAGAACAACAAACAUCCUCGGGCAAGCAACACGACCAGCAGGCAUGGACUUCAGCGGCACUUGGAAGGUUUAUUCUGAGGAAAACCUUGAAGAUUUCCUAAAAAUAGUCGGU